AUGGAAGAAAUCUGGAGUAUGUGGUCGAUGGGACGGACGGAUGCUUCCUCUCCCCCGAGGCGUAAUGAAGGCCACCGGCCGUUCGCCCAAAUCUAUCGUAAGCAGGGCAGAUGGGCCGGGUUCAGUGAAGGUGGUGGCGAGGCGGACUCGCAGUGUCUGUGCGUCUGCAACGCCCAAGAGGGAUACCCCGGACCAGGUCCAGUCGAAGCAGGGGAGAUUGGGCUGUACAGGCCGACCCUGGUAAUAGCCCAACAGAAACUCCAAUUGAGAGACAUGAUUUAUUCGCUCCAAAAUGAUUCCAAUGUCAUCAACCAGCGCCAACGACGAUGCGGACGAGUGCGUGAGGACCUGUCCGUACAGAUACACGCCGGCCGACCGACGCACGAACUUGGUGUCGUCCCGUGGGGCAGCGACGAAAUAUUCCUUCAGGCGGACGAAGCGGAACACCGAAAGCAGUGGGCGCUGCGUCAGCUCGGCGGAGAGGUCCUCGUUGGGCCGGAUCAAACGCCAGAUGGUCAUCGUGACCCGCCAGGCGGGUCUCCGGACGCCGUCGUCGGCGACGAACGGCCCGGUGUCCGUUGGCUCCAGCAUCUUGGACUCACGGCUCAGGGUCGCGUAAACGGUAACCAGCGUGUAGUGGCGGAAAGGCACUUCGUGACGUCAGCAAACGCAUCGCACACGACUAUCAAGGAAGCACGAGAUAAGCUAAAACAACUGUGGCAGACCCGACUGGAUACCGGAUUCCAGUUAUCGCCCGGCUCGCCUGAACUUCCCCACUCGCCAGGCGGGUACCUGGUAGCCCGUCGUCGAGCUCAGGCGUCCCGGACGCAGCGGUCGCCCUCCGUCGCCUGUGCGUCAACGCCGCCUCUCACGCUCCGUCCAGCGACUCCGUUCCCGUUCUCGCUCGGGCCCGCGCCAUCGCCCCCGUUCUCGUUCAGGUUCACUCCCGCUCUCGUUCUGCCUCACGGGCACGUCAUCGCCACUCCCAUUCCCGUCGCUGCGUCACCUCCCGGAGACACCGCUCUCGUUCUGUUUCCCGUGGUCAUUCGCCGCAGGGGCAUCGUGUCACUGGUGCUGCCGCCUGCCGGCCUACGGACAACGAGGCCCGUGUCCUCGACACGGCCCGGGUGGGCCCUCGCCCAGCAUGGGACGCUGCAGCCGGUAUCCUCGAUAUGUUUCGGGUUCAGCCCCUUCCGACUACCGGCCGAACAAGACAUUGCGGCCAUGGCUUUUUCGCCUACAUCUUUCAUCUUACCCCCAAUUGAACUUGCUGUGUGA